AUGACGCUUACCUGGCAGGGGAGCUACCAUGACCACAAAGGUGUCUUCCCCAGGGCCCUGCUGCUGGUGGCAGCCUUGGCUGGGCUGGGUCUGGGCCUGAGCCUCAUCUUCAUCGCUGUCUACCUCAUCCGCUUCUGCUGCUGCAGGCCCCCAGAACCCCCUGGGGCCAAGAGUCCCCCACCCGGAGGAGGCUGUGUCAUCUGGAACUGGUUGGUAUUUCUUCUUCCUUCUUCUCUCAGUGCGGGCAUUGGCAUUGGUUUCUAUGGCAACAGCGAGACCAGCGAUGGGGUGUCCCAGCUCAGCUCAGCACUACUGCACGCCAACCACACGCUCAGCAACCAUGAGGACCUGGAUCACAGGAGCCAGGUUGGGGAGGUAGAGGAGACCGUGGAAGUGAUUUUUAGCAGAUACUCGUCUGGUGUUAGGAAGGCCCUCAACAAAUGCGCUGGGGCCAUCUGGAGGAUGACAGCCAUGAGUCUCCUAGUGCUUGUCCUGAGCUGGGGUUCCUUGGGCCUGGAGGCUGCCACAGCUGUGGGCCUCAGUGACUUCUGCUCCAACCCAGACGCCUACGUGCUGAACCUGACCCAGGAGGAGACAGGGCUCAGCUCAGACUUCAUCAAAUAUUAUUUCCUGUGCAACCAGGAAGUCUCCAACCCCUUCCAACAGAGGCUGACCCUGUCCCAGCCAGCUCUGGCCAGCAUCCACUCCCAGCUGCAGGGCCUGGAGCGGGAGGCUGUCCCUCAGUUCCCCGCGCUGUGGGAUGCUGGCCCCAGUCCUGGGAAGGGGCCGGACUAUGGCUCGGCACUCCGAGGCCUGUGUGAAGAUGCCCUGGAGGGCCUGCUCUUCCUGAUGCUCUUCUCUCUCCUGUCUGCGGGGGCCCUGGCCACCACCCUUUGCAGCCUGCCCCGUGCCUGGGCUCUCUUCCCGCCCAGUGAUGACAAUGAUGACACGGAUGAUGACGACCCUUUCAACCCUCAGGUACAGACGGUGAUCUGA